GAUACCUUCGGAAGUUAUGAAGAUAGAUUUCAACUGUCAACAUUGUAAACACGAAUACAAUGCUUUCAAAAACUAUAAAAUCUCUAAUAAAGGUAACAGCAUGCCAAAACCUGGCAUUACGGAGCUGUAUCCACAUGACCCAAAGCAGACACUUGUGGCAUGUUCCAAUAGUAGUGGAGAACACAGGGUCUGGGGAGCGUGCAUAUGACAUCUACUCCAGGCUGCUUAAUGAACGCAUUGUUCUUCUAAUGGGUGAGAUUCAUGAUCAGGCAGCCAGCACGGUAGUUGCCCAGCUGUUGUUCUUGCAGUCAGAAAAUGCCAAGAAACCAAUCAAUAUGUAUAUUAAUUCACCCGGCGGCAGUGUGACAGCAGGGAUGGCGAUCUAUGACACAAUGCAGCUCAUCAACUGCCCAGUGGCCACAUGGUGUGUGGGUCAGGCAGCCAGCAUGGGGUCCCUCCUACUGGCCGCAGGCACACAUGGGCGCCGUCACGCCCUCCCCAACUCACAGAUCAUGCUGCACCAACCACUGGGUGGCGCUUCAGGUCAAGCAACAGAUGUUAAAAUACGAGUAGACAAUUUGCUGAGAAUCAAACAACAGUUGAACAACAUCUAUGUAAAGCACACUAAACAGCCAUACGAUGUGAUAGAGGCAGCAUUGGAUCGUGACAACUACAUGUCACCAGAGAAGGCGAAGGAAUUCGGACUGAUAGAUCAUGUAGUGGGCACGGCACCCCCACCCCAGAGCAGCCCUAACUGACCACGAGGAAACAUGCCAUCAUGUGUCCUUCAUUGUUCUGUUGUUGCAGUAUACAUUGUAUUAAACUCUUGUUAUACAGAGCAUUGUGUAUUCUUGUUAAGGAUUGCUAGUAUUUGGCAAGUUCAGUAUGCUGCCUGCAUCUGUGCCUCUCAGAAUAAAAACAUGAUAAUAGAUGUUAAGAGUCAGAAGGUCAAAAGCAAAAACGGAAAUAUUUUAAUCACACUAUUUUAACUUGUAAAUUAACAUUGAAAUAUGCUUUCAUACAAGUGUGAAUGACCUGUUUUGUACACAAUUGUAAAUCUCCGGCCAAGAGUGUGAAGGUGCAAAGCCUGUAGGGGCGCAAAGUGGGUGGAGUAUUAAAGGAAUGCCUUUGGUCCAUCUGUCAGUUUAUCCGUCUGUCUUUCUGUAAUACUAUCAUUUAUGCUCCAUAUCUGCUAUACCCUAUACAUUUUAAUGCCCCCGGAUCGAAUGAUCGGGGGUAUAUUGUUUUUGGCCUGUCUGUCUGUCAGUCCGUUAGUCAAUCAUUCAUUCAUUGUGUGUGUCCCAAAACUUUAACCUUGGUCAUAACUUUUGCAUAUUGAAGAUAGAAACUUGAUAUUUGGCAUGCAUGUGUAUCUCAUGGAGCUGCACAUUUUGAGUGGUGAAAGGUCAAAUAUAUGGCUUCAAAGCGGCACAAUAGGAGGCAUUGUGUUUCUGACAAACACAUCUCUUGUUUUUACAUGAAACUUGCCUCAAAUGAAACAGGCAUUGAGACGCUUUGCAGACGACAUUAUUCAGUCAUGCUGGCUCAAGGUCUUCCUUCAAGGCCAAAGGUUUUAGCCUCAUUCUGAAACAUGCCUCACAUGUUAAGGUCAUUUCGAUGAUUUGGGAAUGCAUGAAUCAUACAUGCAGGGUCAAGGUCACACUUCAAUGUCAAAAGUUAGUGCCUUUAUAUUUGUUUCCCAUUUUGAUCUUCUGUACCUAUUCAAAGAUAUACAUGAAACUUGGCAACACUGUUCAGGUCAUUGAGACAAUGUACUGAAGGCACAAGUCUUUAAUGCCAGAUCAAUGUCUAGGUUGCUGCAGAAUGUCGAAUGUAAUCGCCUCAAUUCCGGGGUGCACUUCUUAGCUGCCAUACCCUUUGAAGGAUUUUCAACUUGGGCACAAUGAUUAAGUCAUUGGGACUGUGUGCAAAAGUUAUGUUAGUCAUGCUGAUUCAAGGUUAAGGUCAUACUAUUAUGUUGAAUGUUUGAGCUUCAAAUUGUAUGCAAGUUUUAAUCUUCUACUCCCCUUGAAGGAUUUUCAUGAAACUUGGCUGCAGUGUUACCCUCAAUAUGACAAUGUAAAUUGUUUUUAGAUAUGCCUCAUAUCCCUAAUACCAAUUAUAAGAUUGUCAUGGAAAAUUUGUGUCUUUAAAAGGUGUCCAGAAGUCAUGAGUCGAUCACGCUGGCUCAAAAUUUAGGUCAAAACUUCAAGGUUAAAAAAAUCUCCACAGGGCAUAUAGCUUUUUGAGACUACAUUGUACUGUUUUUGUCUUACCGUCAUCCUUAUAAUACCACUUCAGAAUGAAAUUGAAAUAUGAAAGACAUUAAUCUUUUAAAUACAUCCGUAUUUUACAUCAA